UGCAUCCAAGUUCACCGUUCCUAGCGCUUGCCGUAUAAAACAUAAAACACAGCCACGUGUGUGCUAUCUAUGGCCACCAAUCUCCGCGACGUCAUUAGGUCCAUAUUAACCGGCAACGCGUGUUGACUCUCCCCAAGUGUGUUUCCUCAGUGGUUCGCCAGGGUUGCGCAUUGCCUAUGGAUUCGAGCAAAAUAAAUGCUCUGCGCAUUUUUACCGCCUUGGCGAACGACCAUGGCGUCGUCACGAGAGGACACUUGAUCCUUUGGUCGUCUUGCAUUGUGCAUAUACUUGCAGCAUGUUCCAAACUUCAAUACAGGGCCAUAUUUGACAAAGUCUUUGACUUACAGCGCCUGUGUAUUAUUCUAUUCUCAGACUCAAAUACUGGUGCAUGCGACAGUUUGAUCAUAUGGCAUUAGUGCUCGCGUGCUUGCAGUAUACAUGAUUUAAUGACAUACCAUACCUCUAUAUCGACUUAACAGCCAUGGCGCCAGGAAUAUUUUCUGGCUUCAUACAGAGCAACGAAUACAAACCUCUACCAUUCAACAGCGGCCGCCCCUCGUCUCCUACUCCGAUCUCAUCACCACAUCGACCCAAAUCUAUCCGCAGUUCUAGAUACGUCAUCGGGCUUGUUGUCUUUGUACCUAUACUCGCGCUCCUGCUAGCCAUCUACCCCACGCACAGCGAACUAUCCAAUGCAUAUGGCAAUGAGUGGAAUGGAAUAGUUACAAAAGAUGGCCUAGAAAGGCUAGCAGUUCCGAGCCAGACAAAUACGACGACUGGGAAGAGACGUCUGCGCAUCUUCAUGCCAGCCGACUCACCACACUUGAAUCUAUGCAAAACGAUUAUGUCUGCUGUAGCUCUGGGCUAUCCGCUCCCAACCUUACUCAACUGGGACGGGGAGUUCAACCGCCCGCACUGGCAUUUUGCUGGAAGCCAUAUCGCUAAGCUCACAAGCCUUUUGGCUGUUAUUGAAGAACUGCUAGAUGGAACCGUUGAUGACGGCGGAGCGCAUGAAGACGACAUUGCCCUUAUGAUUGAUGCAUAUGAUAUCUGGUUUCAACUUCCUCCCCAGGUCCUUCUCGAUCGAUUUCACAAGCUCAAUCACGACGCCGAUGAACGAAACCAAAAGACCUGGUUAGAUUUAUCACGGUUCGAAGAUAUACCAGUCCCAGCGCCACAGAAGCAAUCAAUCAUUGUUACGAGUGCCAAAGAUUGUUCCCCCGACUGGGAUUCGGGGUCUAACCCACACUACGACUAUUGGCCAGCCUCUCCUAUGCCUACCGACAUGUAUGGAGCUGGAACAGACCAUCUUGCAGCUCCUCUUUGGGACCCUGCCCGCAAGUAUAGAAAGAUUCGCCCACGUUGUGUUAACUCGGGCAUGAUAAUGGGGACCAUGGGUGCAAUGCGCCAAGCCCUGCGCCGUUGCAAAGAAAAAGUUGAGAUGAUUGAGCGUUCUGGCCGACAACUCUGGAGCGACCAGGCUCUAUUUGCAGAGGUUAUUGGUGAACAAGAGAUGUUCCGUACCUGGGUACGAGGCUUAGCAUAUACAUGGAAUGGAACCGCGGCGCUUACCGAUUUAUCUUCACUAGCACCCGAGGUACAGCGUGUCGCAGAAGAAGCCAUGACUGGCAAACAAUUUGAUUUUGGGAUUGGACUAGAUUACAGUUUUGCCACCAUCCCUCCCACGUGCUCGGCGGAGGAGGAUGGAUCCUUUAUUAAGCUGGGCGAUGCAGGUGCUGUGUUGCAAGAAUCACUGCGAGCUGGUGUUCCAGGGUCAGCACGAAUUGGAGGACCGCCAUCUGCGUUGUCCCAGAUACCGGACGUAAAUAAUCCUCUUCAUAAUGUGUCAUGGGGCGAGGUCCCUCUGUACACGGACUUUUAUUUCGGAACCACACCGGUUGGGAUUCACCAUAACGCAUAUGUCAUGAACCUAAAGCCGUGGAGGCUCAAGAACUGGUGGGAUAAGAUGUGGUUCUACCCUAACUUGCGGUCUCUUGUCACUAAAAACCUACAAAUGGAUUCUUCAGAGCGGACCCUCGCACACGUGUCGGAAGUAGACGACACUUUGGUUGACUAUGGACAUGCAUCGCGAAUCGAAAACAAAGUCACCAUCUUUCAUCCAAGUACUGAAAGCCGAGCGGCUAGUUUGAUUCCAGUUGAUUGGGAUGGAGUCUGUCAGAAGGGUAACAAACCCUGGCAUGAAUCUCUUUUCGGAGAUGGCUUGGGCCAACUGGAGAUAUAACAAACUUGGUAUUAUGGCUUCUUUUACCGCACAUAUUUACAGGUUGAUUGCUUCAAGCUUGAAGAAAUAGCACACCAUUUAUAGAAGCAUGAGAGAUAUAUCUAUAGAAAUAUAUAAUAAUUAAACACCCAAAGCUAGCAGUGCCUCUGCAGCAGCAUCUCUCCAGCCCUUGGCUGCUUCAAGCUUCUGUCCUCGCGGACAAACUUCGACGAUUGCUCGCACAUAACGAAUGACUGUCCAAAUACUGUCCACCUGCGGAUCAGUAUCCUUCCACCACAGCUUUUCGCCUCUCUUCGUGAGCUCAUCCUCAAAUAUCUGCUGUAGGCGAUACUUUUCAUCAUUUGCCACCUGACUAUCCUGUCCAUUCCAAAGGAAUGCCCUGACAGGAUCCCAGCGCAACGCAGGUACCACGCCGGCAAAUUCCCAGUCCAAAAUUCCUGUGAUGGUGCCAUCUGAGAUCGCCAUAAUAUUUGCAAAGUGGAGAUCUUUGUGUGCCAGAACCAACUCUGUCUUAUCCAAUGCUGUGAUUUUGGGGAUGAGAGCGACAAGUGCCUGGAGCCGAGGCUUGAAAUCUUGCUGCAGCAAGGAUAGGCUAGGAUGUCGAUCGAUAGAGUAGAUAAAGAGCUUCAAGUAAGUAGUGACAUAUGCUGCGUGUGAAGGAUAAGUGCCAGUCGGAUUGAGUGUAUCGACCGUCUCAGUGCUCCCCCAGUGCUCUUGAAUAUCAGGGACAAGCCAGAACGUAUCUUCCAGAGCAGGUCCCGGGACUAUAUCUCCCGCUGAUGAUAUUGUUAAGCCUCCGACAUGAUUCCAUUGGUGCUUAUUCAAUUCAAGUAUGAUGUCGGUUAGUUGCGACACAAGCUUGAGCUUCUUUCCUUCAGUCAAGUCGGGGUAUAUCUUGUCGACACUAGUUCCGGGUACACAUUCGAGUAUUGUGAACUCUCUCCCCAGGGUAUUCGAAUCGUCUGCGCUGUAACUAACAACUUCGGGUACUGGGAUGGUUGGGCAAUUAGCCUUGAUCCAUUUGAGGACGGCCACUUCAUUCAGUGUCUUGAUGCGCGGGAUGUGGUUCCCAGACACUCUUAGCACCAAUGUCCUAGAAUGACUUCCGGUAGUGCUGCUUGACGGCAGUUUACUAGAUGAUUCUGAUUCUGUAAAUUGCAGUAGGUAGAUGGAGUGAAAGGCAGCUGUCACGUUUAGUGGCUCAAUGGCUGCUGCCUCCGGAAGCCCAAUUUCAGACAACAGUUGCUGGAUAGCAGAUGCGGAGAUUGCAGGUGGAAGAUGCAGAGCUGGGGUUCCCAUUGCGGCCUGAUAAUUGUUUAUGAGAGAGCUGUCGCUAUAGUUGGUUGGUAAACAGAUGCUUGCGGCUCCAAGUAAUGUGUUUCUUGG